AUGCCAGCCAAACAAUUUUACCUGUUGGGUGAGCCCAUAGCCACUGCCAGGGAGAUUGAGGUGGACUCAGCCCUUGAUUUUGAAGAACUUCAGCAUCUUCUCGCUGCGCAUUUCGCCAUUGUUGACCCCAAUGGUAUCGGACUGCAGACCGAGGACGCCAUUUUUCACAGAACCCCCGAGGUUUGCUCAUCUGAGGGCCAGAUUAGCAUCACCAUCGAUGGGAAGCCGGUCAGAGAAAUCCCAGGACCCCAGGGUAUCCCAAUCUUUGGCAAUUUCUUUCAGAUCUACCCCGACCAUCUUGGGAAUCAUCAGCGUCUGUUCGAGCAGUAUGGGCCGAUUUUCCAAACCAGCAGCAUGGGCCGCACGACCUACCACACCAAUGACCCGGCACUGAGCGCAAUCAUUUUCUCGGAGAGUGACUUCUUUACCAAAAGGAUCAACGAGGCGCACCCUCUGCACCCGAUCAAGAACACCGAGGCCGGUGUCUUUCUCGCCGACACCGAUAGCCCGACGUGGCACGUCGCUCACAAGUUCCUUCCGCCAGCCUUCGGACCAAAGGCGGUGCGGCACUACGCGCCCACCAUGCAGCGCACCGUUGAGGACGCAUUCAAGGUGUUCGACGCCUUCGAUGAGGCGGAUGAGGCUUGGAACGUGUACCAGUACAUGCUCAAGCUCGGCUCGCAGGCAGUAGGCAAGCUGGUCCUGGGCAUCGACUUCCAGCACUUCUCCUCGGCCACGGCCCCGCCCCAUGAGCUGAUCCUCCUGAUCGCCGAGUCCCUAGAGCUCAACAAGAAGGUGAGUGCCCGGGGUGAUUGGUACUCAAAGCUCCCCUUUGGGGACCCCAAGCGCUUGCGGGAUAUCCGCGGCCGGGUCUUCGAGCUGAUCGACGAGUCGAUCCAAAAUGCUAGCCGCGGCGGCGUCCAUGAUCUUCCACUGCAGGAAGCUGCCCUGCAAGCGGACAACAUGAUCGAUUACGCGAUUCGUGCGACCGACAACAAGGGUGAAAAGCUGCCCAAGACUUCGCUGAUGCAGGCCCUGCUCGUGGCCACGGGCGCCGGCUUCACCACCACUAGCUCUCUGCUGUCAUGGCUGAUCUAUUCGUUGGUGACCUAUCCCGGCAUGCAAGAGAGACUCCUCCAGGAGCUGGUCGACCACGGUAUCACCGAAGAUACUCAGCUCACCGCCGAUAUCACGGAUCAACUCACAUUCAUGGAUAAGUUCAUCAAAGAAACCCAAAGACGCCACAACCCGUCGUUCCAGCCCGCCCGGACCGCCAAAGUUGAUUUAAUCUUGCCGGGGGGGUACAAACUUCCCGAGGGCGCUGUUGUUGUCGGGGCGUUGCACCAUCUGCACAAUAACUCGAAUGUUUGGGAUAAUCCCACUCGCUUCGACCCGGACCGCUGGGACACGGAGACCGUGAAGAACCGGCAUAAAACCGCAUAUAUCCCCUUCGCAACAGGCCCCCGUAUGUGUAUUGGUUUCAACUUUGCCCUGCAGGAGGUGAAGAUAUUCCUGCCUAAGCUUCUGUACCGAUACAAGUUCACCCGAGAGGGGGAUUCGACGGUGGAGUACGACCCAAUGUUCCAGCUCAUUAGGCCGAAUAAUCUCUACGUGAGAGCCGAGCGGCGGGUGAAAUGGCCUCCGAGGUCGGACUUCAAGCGACAGCUUCAUUGUAGUCAGGUCCGACGUUUUCUAGGGCCCUGA